GACACACCGCUGGACCUUUCAACCCCGCUUUCACGGGUGUUAUUCGAUCUUCAGGAGAUCGACACCCACAUCCAUGCGCUGACCACUAAGUCUGCCCUCCCCCUACUGACGCACACGCGCGACCAGACCGCCGCAGCGGGCCGUAUCCUCAAAGAAGCCGAAGAGCAGAUUGCUUCGGUAACGCAGGGAUAUGAGCGGCUGGAAAGGGAAGUUCUCCGCAAAUGGGAAGCUGCCGACGAGGCCAGGGUGGCUGCAGAGAAGUCGUUGGCCACUGUACGACUCGCACGAGCGGUUGCACGCUGUCUUUCACUAGGCAGACAGCUGGAGAGCCAGCUCGCAGAGAUCGGAGGCCUUGAUGCCACGGCGCCUGCAAAGGAUGACUACCGGACGCUGGAACGGGCCGCCUCCACGAUUGUAAGUCUACGUCGAAUGUUCUCUGAGACGGCAGUAGGCGAGGAAGGCCAUGGACUAGACCGCGUCAAGGUCAUCCGAACACUGCGCAGUGAGCUUGUCAUCCCCGCCGAGAACAUGGUCAAGACGAGAGCACAGCAAGCCAUCGGCCGAUUUACCAUGUCGACUAUUGCAAGCGCAGGCUCGGGCUCCCAGUCACAAAUGAGCUACAAACAGGCGCGCGAUGCCAGAGCACGCCUCGUCUCUGCCGUCAACAUCUUGUAUCUAUUAUCGCCGGUCCCCAAGAAUGUCACCUCCGCAGCAACCUUCCAGCCAGACUUGCUCCUCUCAACCCUGCAAGGAUACAUGCAAACGGCUAUCUCCUCGUCCCUGAGUAACCUCACCCGGGCGCUGUCUAUGUUGCCCACUCUCGAGCGCACUCUCUCCGACCUGUCUGCACGCUGCCAGGAUAUCUUUGCCCUGGAAGCUAUUCUCAGCAACCUGCGGCCACCGUCGCAUCCACUCUUCCCCCCAACAGCACCUGCAGCUGCAGCUGGCACCCGCAACGGGGAACAGCCGGAACCGCAAAUCCAAGCCAGCGGCAAGAACAACCUGUUGCAACCGCUCCUCAACGCUCUCGACACGUCUUCCCUCCCAUCCUACUUCUGGCGAUCACUCGCAUCAUACCUCGCGGCUCGUGUGCAGGAAAUUAUCAACCGCGGUGGUGUCUCCGCCCGGACACUGCGCUCCAACCGGGACCGUAUCAAGAAGGAAGUCAAGGACUGCGUUCUGCGGGGCUCGCAGCUCCCCUCGUCAAUUCUCGGGACUGAGAAGCGACUGGGGGUCGACUCAGGAUUGGAGAGGAGCUGGGAACGGGAAGCAGCCGUUAUGGUCAGUUCUAUUGCCAAUGUACUGGAUAGACAGGCGUGAAUGAGAUGGAGCAACAUGUAUCAUACUAAAUAGCCACCAACUAAAUACAAUUGACGCCAUAAUAUACCCC